AUGCGAUCCCAACUAUCUCGCAAUCUUCUUUCGCCCCUCAAACACCAAACCAUCCCUCUCCGCCCUGCACCGACAUUUUGCUUCUCCCGGUUUUUGUCCUCGACGCGCAAGCCUCCCCAUUCGAAGACAAGCAGCAAGGCUCUUCUAGCUGCACCAACAAUUCCCUUUUUCGGCGCCUUCUUCAGCUCUAAUCAUAGCCCUGUCAAACCGGCCGACGCCAUGUCGCCUCCGGACCAGAGAAGCGAAGACGAGUGGAGAGCUGUUUUGAGCCCAGAGCAAUUCCGCAUUCUCCGCGAAAAGGGUACUGAGCGUGCUGGCACCGGUGAAUACGAUUCCCACUAUCCGUCCAAAGGCGUCUACAAUUGCGCUGGUUGCGAUGCGCCGCUUUAUACUGCCGACCACAACACGUUUGGCAUGAAGCGGACAGAGAUCGUAUGCAGCAACUGUGGAGGUCACCUCGGCCAUGUAUUCGAGGGUGAGGGGUAUCCGACUCCCACGGAUGAGCGUCAUUGUGUGAAUAGUGUCAGUCUGCGCUUUACAGAAGAUGCUAGCGCUGCUAAGAAUCCCCAGGCGAAAGUCUGA